UAUGGAUACGCGCCCAACAUCCCCGACUACGGAAUACAGGCUGCACGUCCAGCGCUUAAUUUGUAUAUUGUAUCUAGAAGCCCGAAUAUAUAGAGGACGUGUAGUUCCCACCUCGAAAAAGGAGGAGAACCACGGACCUUAGAGCCCUUGAGAAUUAUUAGCUGAAAUUGAUAUAUUCCAAGCCCUAUACAGCCCUUGUCACAAUGGAGGACAUCCGAAACGAAAUUCGCGCGCUGGAACAACAUGCCAACGAGAUAGGGGCGGAUGCCCCACGCCGUGCAGACCUGAUGCAAGAGAUCGGAAUCAAAUAUGGAAGUCUGUAUGGCCAUACGACCGCCGCGUCUGAUUUGGGAAAAAUCAUCCAUUACUACCGAAAAGCGCUCGAUUUAACCCCUACCGAUGGCACCAAUCGUGCAGGCCUCUUACGAAACAUCGGAAUGGCGUAUCUACUCAUGUACCGUGAACUGAAGAACGUGCAGUAUCUGGUCGAAGCCAUCACACACGUUGAGAGAGCGCUCGAGGCCGCGCCGACGAAUGGUCCGAAUCGUGCACAGAUACUUCGGGACCUAGCAGUCGCUUACGGUCAAAACUACGAACAAACACGCGAGAAAGAAGAUCUUAAUGCCCUGAGUUUACGAAGGGUUAUUAUGUUGUUGAUUUUUUUCUUUCCUUUAAGAAGUCCUUCGAAAAAUUACUUAAAUAAGCAGUUUUGAAAUAACGGCUUAUUAAGGAGGUUUAAUUGGUUAAAAUUUUUAGUUUAAUGGGGCGUUAAGUAUAUUUAGUUUAAAUUUAAAUUAUAUAAUUAAAAUUUUAAUAAAAUUUUAAUAAAUUAAUUAAUUUAAUUUAAAAA